UGUUCCCUUCCUGACAGCCAGUCUCUUCACUCUGGUCCUCGCCGCAGCAUUAUAUCAACCUCACGUUCUUCAGGCCGCCCCUCCCCCCUUUGCCUGGGUUACCCCCCCAAAAUAAGGCCAAACCAAACCGCAGCCUGACCUUCCCACGGCCUGCACUGCAUGCGACUGCCCACGCACAUGCGCAUACACAUUGUCCCCCGGCACACCAACUUACCAUUCUGAUUCCACCAGCAGCAUCUGCACCUCAUGGCUUCAAACGGCGCGCAAGCGGAUUUUCCGCCGCAGCAAGUACUCGAGGCCAUGCUCACCAUGCGCAGCAAUGAUGCAGACCGAAAGAAGAAAGCGCACAAGUUCCUUGAGGAGUUUCAGAAGUCGACAAGUGCCUGGACCACUACAUUCUCGUUGUUGCAGUCAGAUGCCGAGGCCGAUGUCAAACUCUUCGCAGCAACGACGCUCAGGGGCAAGAUCACAUACGACCUCACCACACAAAUACCCACCGAACAACAUGUCGCAGUUCGAACCCAGCUGUUGGAGCUCCUCAAGGUCUAUGCGCCUGGCCCCAAACCCAUUCGAGUCCAGCUCUGCGUGUGUCUGGCAAUAUUGGCUAUCCAGAUGAAAGAGUGGAAGGAUGUUCUCCCGCUUGUCGUCUCAACCUUGAGCGACCAACCCCAAAGCCAUGCGGCUAUUCUGGAUUUCCUCCGAAUCCUCCCUGAAGAGGUGACUGAAGGUCGCAAAAUCACCCUUAGUGAAGAAGAACUAAAUCUGAGGACUACCGAGCUGUUAUCGGACAAUGCGCCACAGGUCAUACAACUCUUGAUCAACUACGCACAGUCAUCCCCUGCGGCGGCAACGAAUCCACAACUACUCGAAUGCAUAACCUCCUGGCUACGAGAGGUCCCCGUUGACGAUGUAGUCAACUCACCUCUGCUGAACGUUGUAUUUAACGCCGUAGAAGGCGAUCAGGCUUUCCAAGAGGCCGCCGAGUGUUUGUCUACCAUGAUUAGGGAGACGAGGGACGUCGACGACAAUAUAAACACCAUCCAGGUGCUUCUGCCACGAGUUGUCGCUCUGCAGCCGAAAAUCCAAAAGGUCGUCGAGGAGGAGGAUGUCGAAGCAUACAAGUCAUUGACUCGAGUGCUUUCAGAUGCCGGAACCGCCUGGGUCGUGGCCAUUGCACGAGAGCCCAGCACCUUUAGACCCCUCGUAGAUGCCAUUAUGGAGUGUGCCUCUAGCGACAAGGACAGAGAUGUCAUCGAGUACACAUUCGACUUUUGGUAUGAGCUUAAGCAGUUGAUUGUCCUGGAGCGCUUUAUCGAAGCAAGAAUGGAGCUCGUGGAUGUCUACUCUAAGCUGGUGGAUAUCCUACUGAAGCACCUCCAGUAUCCUCAGUCCGAAGACGGUCGUGACCUCCACCCUCGAGAUCUCUUUGAGGGUGAUCUUGUGGCAGAGGAAAAGUUCCGUGAGUUCAGGCACGCCAUGGGUGAUACCCUCAAAGACUCAUGUGAGGUCAUGGGAGUUACCGAGUGCCUCACCAAGGUUCUCGAUGCGAUCAAGGUCUGGUCCCAGAAGUAUGCCGGCCAGGCAACGGCUACGUCAGUUCCGCACUGGCAAGAGCUUGAGGCACCCUUAUUUUCCAUGCGCGCCAUGGGCCGUAUGGUCGGCAAAGAUGAGAACAUCGUUCUGCCUCAACUAAUGCCUCUACUCGUUCAGAUUCCAGCACAUGAGAAAUUGCGGUUCGCAACUAUCAUGGUUAUAGGACGGUACACAGAGUGGACUGCAGCGCACCCAGAAUUCUUGGAGGCGCAGUUCAACUACAUCGUCUCGUCCUUCCAAACCGAUUCCAAGGAAGUUGUUCGUGCUGCCGCCAUGGCUAUCAAGUACUUCUGUACAGAUUGUAGACACCUUCUGAGUGCUCAAGUGGUUCAGCUGCAGCAGUUUUACGACAAGAUUCUUGACAGCUUACCCGAUACGAGCCAGGAAGAGAUCACGGAGGGUGUUGCCAGUGUCGUCAGUGUUCAACCCAAGGAUGAAAUCUACAGUCUUCUGAAACUGUACUGCGAUCCUCUUAUGCAGAGGUUGAUGACAAAGGCCAACAACGCCACCGAUGAUGAGGGCAAGCUUGCCGUAGCAGACCAUCUGCAACUGAUCUCGAUCUUCGUCCAACAAGUGGUCACAUUGCCUCCUGUAAACCAUGGCGAAGAAGAUCCCGUGGUCAAGUACUGGAAGGAGGCAUUCCCUAUUUUGGCCAAAAUCCUCGACGGCUUCAUUGGGUUCUCGCCAAUUUGUGAGCGCGUCUGCCGAUGCUGGCGCUUCAUGGUCAUUAGCCACAGAGGAGCCAUGACACCAAUUUUGCCAGAUAUGGCAAACAGGCUAGCCGCUGGAUUUGAGUCGUCGAGGCAAGGUUGCUUCCUAUGGGUCACUGGUGCAAUUCUCCGCGAAUUUUCGGAUGACCGCGAGCACAUGGAUCAGAGCAUCACUGAUUCAAUCUAUGUCUUCUUUGAGGCACAAGCGACGAACAUGCUGCGCUUUAUUAGCGAGCUUACACCACAAGAGCUUCCUGAUGUGGUAGAAGAUUUCUUCCGUCUCCUUAUCGAUACCCUUUUGUACUACCCUCAAAAGCUCAUCCCCUCACACCUCUUUACCCCAAUCCUUGAGGCGGCUUUGUCGGUUCUUGGACUGGAGCAGCGUGAUCCCUUGACCGCGACGCUCCACUACAUCAGAGACCUGUUAUCAUGGGGCAGCAAAAAUCCACCGUCGUCCUCCGAGCAUCUUGGUGGCGCUGCAGUCGACCAACUCCGACAAAUUGUCAGACAGCUGCUGUCUGCGAAGGGCGAUGUUUUGGUUCAACGGGUUCUAGCUGGCAUGAUGAUAACAUUCCCUCGGGACUGUUUCGCGGACGGUAGUGGUGCGCUGCUCACUCUCUUCGAGAUCAUGCCAGGUGAAGCCACAGUUUGGGUGGAACAGACCAUCAAGAUGUUGCCUCCAGGAACUGUGACGCCUGUUGAUGUUCAGCGGGUGAUGAUCAAGAUCCGAGAAAAGCUACAGACGAACGAUAGCGGCGAUAUCAGACAAAUCCGCUCGAUCCUCCAGGACUUCACAAACACUUACCGCAGAAGAUACAUAGCGCCUCGUGACGGCUUGGGCCAACUGGAGACAGCUCGAUUCCGCUUUGCCGGCUAGUCGCCGAAAUUGGAGCAAGUGAAUUCCAAUGGUUACCACGACGGGUAAACACGUCCGACUUUGGAAGUGGUUCUUCCGCUCGCCAAUCUACAGAUAUGACCUACCUAUUGUGCGGAUCGGCACGGUUCUUGAGGGCGAUA